CUUCCUUAAUGGCGGCGGUCUUUACAGGGACACGCUUCACGCAGCGUGGGUAAACAAAACUGCAAAACACAUGGAUUUAUAGAUUUUAAUUUGAAGAAACACUAGAAUCUGAACCGUGGUUUAAUACUUGAAGCUCCGUAACGUACACAAAGAAGAAACUACAAUCAACAACGCCGUAACAAGAUGCCUCAUCGAAAGAAGAAGUCAUUCAUUGAGAAGAAGAAGGCAGUGACGUUCCACCUGGUUCACCGCAGUCAGAGAGACCCACUUGCUGCAGAUGAGAAAGCUCCGCAACAUGUGCUCCUGCCCGCCACUAAGGUGGAGGUGGAGAAGCGGCGCGAGGAGCAGAGGAACUUUGGCGUGUUUUUUGACGAUGAUUACGAUUACCUGCAGCACCUGAAGGAGGCAUCAGGGGCAUCAGAGCUCGUGCCAGGGGUCAACAUGAGGACAGAGAGACAGAUUCAGCUCAGAGAAGAAGAGGAGGAGGAAGAGGAAGAGACUGGAAAUCCUACCAGUAUAAACCUCCCGUCUUCAGUGUUUGCCUCAGAGUUUGAGGAAGAGGUGGGACUACUCAACAAGGCAGCGCCCAUCUCAGGCCCUCGUUUGGACAUGGACCCAGACAUCGUGGCUGCUCUUGAUGAAGAUUUUGAUUUUGACGAUCCAGAAAAUAUUUUAGAUGAUGACUUCAUUCUGAAAGCAAACAGCUCCGACAGAACGGCCUUCACUGGCGCUGAUGAAGAAGACGAUGAUGAAGAGUGGGAGGACACUGACGAGGAGGACUUUGAUUCUGAUGGAGGUUUGUCUGACGGGCAGAUCCAAGAUGGCGGGGCGCGUGAGUUCAUGUUCGAGGAUGAGGAGACGAGGACGCGGUUCACAGAGUACUCUAUGACAUCAUCUGUGAUGAGGAGGAACGAACAGCUCACUCUGCUCGACGACCGCUUCGAGAAGUUCUAUGAGCAGUUUGACGAUGAUGAGAUCGGGGCUCUAGAUAACGCGGAGCUGGAGGGAUAUAUAGAGCCGGACAGCUCUCGUCUGGAGGAGGUGAUCCAGGACUACUACAGACAGAAGCACAAAGAGUCUCUUCGACCUGAGGACCUGGGGCCGAAGGAGCUUCCUGUUUUGGAGGAAGUGGAGAGUUCGGAGGAGGAGGAGCUUCAGACCGUGGUGAUCGAAGCGCCAGAGGAGAAGUGGGACUGUGAGACCAUCAUCAGCACAUACUCCAACAUUUAUAACAGGCCCAAAGUCAUCGAGGAGCCACAGAAGCCGAAGCCCAUCUGCGUGUCCGUGAAGUCCGGUAUCCCUUUAGGCGUUCUUCCACCCAAAGGCCCCACAGCGAAACAGGCCGAACGUAUGACCCGGAUCAACGACUCCGACCUCCCCAGAGCCGCCAGCCUACCCCGGAGCCGAGAGGAGAGCCGCGAGGAGAGGAGGGCGAGGAAACAAGCGGUUAAAGAUGAGCGCAAGGAGAGGAGAAUAGAGAAAAAGGCAAAUAAAACUGCAUUUAAAGAAGAGAAGGCUCGACAAGAGAAACAACUACAAAAUCUCAGGACCAACAUCCAGGGGCUCAAGCUGUAAACAACAAUAAUAAACAACAAGACUUUUUUUAUUCUGAAAAGAACUGAACUGCUGAGAGAUGGGGACACUUCCUGGAGAUGAGAGGACUCUUCUUUUGAAGGAGAGAGUCCACCUCCUUCUGAUUGACAUGAACCACCUCACACCAUGUUAACUGAUACUUCAAGUUUGGACCCUUAUGUAUUUCUGUGUAGCUUUUGCAAUAACUAAAGAUGUUUAUCAAAA